CUACUCAGUCUUACUUAGUUCCCCCGUUUUAUUCAAAACAAACUGUUUUUGAAUCUCACUCAUUUAGUAGCUCCCCACUUUACCAAACCCUAAAAAUCUUCUAUUUUUAUUUCAAAUCUAUCAGUAGAUCUACCAAAUCUAAUGGCCGAUUCAGAUUCUUCUACUCCAACUCCUCCACUCACCACUCCUCUUUCCUCUAAGAAAGAGAAUACGGUACCUAUUGGGAGUAAAAUCGCAGAACUUACUGAAUCUAGGGCAGAGCUUUUGACUAGGAUUCAAGGGUUAAAACAGGAUUUGCAGAGUUGGAGAUCCAAGCUAGAUACUCAAGUAAAAACUUACCGAGAUGAACUUUCUGAUCUGAAAAAAUCUCUUAAUGUGGAAGUGGAUCAACUAAAAACAGAGUUUCAAGAUCUCAGAACUACUCUUCAACAACAACAAGAUGAUGUUACAGCAAGUCUAAAGAACCUGGGGCUACACGAAAUAUCUCAAGAUACCAAAGAAACCGCAAAUUCCGCUGAGAUUGAAAAGAAGAGUGAUGAAGUUCAGCCUCCAUCAUCAGAGGAGCACAGCAGCAAGGAAAUUCAACCACCAGUAUCAAAAUGAAGGAGGGCUCUGGUAUAUCUUGCAAGAGAAAAGUAUUUAUGCUGAGGUGAUAUAAGAAUGAGUUUGUCGGUACUUCGAAUGGCUUGUUGUUCUUAAUGAGAUUAUACACAUCUGUAUUAAUUUUUUUAAGAGAAAAUAUCACUUCUGCUUUCUCCUUCAUCUUGUGCUGUCCACUGUGAACCUAUUUGUCCUCAGAUAUAUUAGAUGUUUAGGAGGUUGUACACUAGUUAGUUUCAUUUUGUGCUAGAAAUCUGUAGUACGUGCUUCUGAUUUCUGAUUUCGUAAGAAGCUAAUUCUCACAGAUUUCGGUGUUAUCCCUUGUAUUUUUUAGUUCAUCUUAUUUAGUACUGAAGUCAGAGGUGAUAGUUUAGGUUU